AUGGUGCAACAUCCGCACAACGACACACUGGUUGUGACACUAAAGAUUAGAGAUUGCCAAGUAAGACAUAUACUAAUCGAUCAAGGUAGUGCCUGCGACAUCAUGUAUGUCAAAUGUUACAAGGAGCUCAGUCAUCACAAAGACGACUUGAAGCAAUCCGACAACCCCAUGGUCGAAUUUAAUGGGACCCUGACAUUGCUGCUGGGAAUAACAAACCUGGAGAUUCAGGCAGGAAGAAAGACGGUAACUAUGCAGUUCACCGUGAUAGACACCCCUUCCCCAAACAUCAUCUUGGGAAGGCCUUGGAUGCAUGAUAUGAGGGUUGUUCCCUCAACUUUGCACCAGUUGUUGCGAUUCCCAACUGAAUUUGGGAUCGAAAAGGUGAGAGGACACUAA